AUGACUGAAGUUCUUCCAGCAGAAGAAGCUAAACAAGAUCGUAUCAUUACUAUUUUAAGUGGUUUUCAAAUUAAUUGGAUGAACCUCCGUGAUGCAGAUACAGGGAAAAUCCUUUGGCAGCACAACGAAGAUAUGUCUAACCCUGAUAUUGAACAUGAAGCCAGAGUACCUAAGCGAAUCCUUAAGUGCAGAGUUGUUUCCCGUGAGAUGAACUUUAGUUCCGUUGAAUCCAUGGAGAGAUUUAGGCUUGAACAAAAAGUAUUAUUCAAAGGACGUUGUCUAGAGGAGUGGUUCUUUGAAUUUGGGUAUGUGAUACCAAACUCGACUAAUACAUGGCAGUCUAUAAUAGAAUCGGCUCCAGAAUCUCAGAUGAUGCCAGCAAAUGUAUUGAAUGGAAAUGUGGUGAUAGAAACAAAGUUCUUUGAUGGAGAUCUGCUGAUUACUACGUCAAGAGUGAGAUUGUUUUAUGUGUAA